AUGGGUUCUUUUUUUUCGGUUAUGCGAUUGAAAUUCAAGCUUACCAAAUCCAUCUACGACUACACUAUUGACAAAAAGUACUUCUGGAAAAUUCUGAUCAAUAUCAAUCCUUAUGUUAUCAUUUUUCUUCUCUUCUUUCAAAACAGACCAUCCGCAGCAGCUUCUAAUUCCACGAGAUCAAGUCCCAGAUCUUUUUUCUUGAUCUCCAGGGCUUCUAGCUUCUCAACCAGCGAGUCCUAG